GUUCGCGAAUGCGGAGCGCGGUUCGCGUCACGGAGGCGGCCAGUUUUUGCUGUUACGGAAUCUCCCGCCCUGGCUGCGCUCUUCCUCAACCAGUCGUCCCAUUGCGGUGCACAAGGAUCGGAAGAAGGUGGAAGAACCUGUGUAUGGUGGG